AUGUCACGACAACAAGAUAGUGGCUUUAGUAUCGGACCUUUAGUUUUAACUCCUAAACAAGAUGAAUUCUGUUAUUAUGAAGAUAUGACAGAAACGGAAUUACGGCAAGUCCUUGAAAAUAUUAUUUAUUCAAAUCUCCUCCUGAGGUUAGAAAAUGACAUUUUUGAACGGUACCUCGCGCGUCGAAAUCCUGAAAGUCUUCAAACAAUAGCGCAAAUCUUAGAAACCGCUAAACGCGUACAAAAAAUCGCACCUCAACACAGUCGCACAUCACCCGUUAUAAGCACAAGCGGAAGUCUUGUGAAUGUUCGCGACAAAGAUUCAGCGAGCGUCACCAGCGUCACGCCAAGUCGACACGUCACGCCAAGUCUUUUAACAGCCAGAGCACCAACUGAAGGAACAAAAAUUACAUAUAUGCAUCGUAUCGAAAUGGUAAACACCGAAAUCUGGGAAUUACAGAAAAAACUGGAAAAAUUUGAACAGACGUUUAUAAAGAAAAAAAUAUAUUUGAGAGCGCAAAUGGAAGAAAAUCAGAUUAGCAUUCAUGCAAUUUUGAAGACUAGGGAAGAAUUUGAAGAAAAUGUUGUACAGAAGGGCGUAGAUAGCAUUACGGGGAAAAUACCGGCUGAAAAGUUUAUCAGAAGACUCCUUGAAAGUAGUCGACAUAAUAACAGAACAAAUCAGAUUGAAGAUGGCUACCAUAAAGUGUCAGAUAAGAAAAGUCAAGUUGCAGCUGAAGCAUAG